GAGCGCAGCAACAGAUAGCGGAGCGAGUCGCACACAUCCUGGACAUUAUACAUUUAUUUCUAUAAAAAAAAUAAGGGGAUUCCUGAUCAUUUAAUUAUUGUUCACUUUUUUUGUUUCUUUGCUGGAUUGCGUGAAUUUAUUACGGACGUGUUUGUCGCAGAGAAGAUCCAUUGUUGCAUUUAUUUCUUAAAAAAAAAAAAAAAAAAAAAAAAAAAUUAAUCGGAUAUCCAAGUUUUUUUUUUCUUGCUUUUUUUUUCUUUUGCUUUCUGAAAGCAUGCUCAACAACGUCGAUUUGAACUCUCAGGACUCUUUCUACCCUCAGUUUGACACCUGUAACGACUCGUCCAUCGGGAUGAUGGACACUAAGGAGCAUCAGGAUGUCUUCAUGGACGCCGAGCGCGCGGCUCACUUUGCACACGAUACAACAGUCACUCCCAAAACGGAGCCCACCAGCUCGGAUCAAUACUCCUCCUGUCACGGCCCUAAGGGAACCUACGACGCCUCGUUGUCCUACUCGGGCAGUUUCUACGUGGAGGCGUGUCAGGGCGCCCCCUGCAGCGCGGAAACGCUGCUCAACAUGAUCACCGAGAUCGUGGGCAUCUCCGCGGGCCCGCUUCCAGAAGCGCAGCAGCAUCAGCAUCAACAUCAACAGGAGCAGCAGCAGCAGCAGCAACAACCACGACAGCAAAGCGAUGCGAGUGCACCCCAGGAACCGACGUCCUCCGAGGCUGGGACGUUCCCGGUGGUGGUGAAAAGCGAGUUUGAGAACACCGGAGGCUGUUAUUACGAGUGGAACUCCUUCGGAAAAGCAGACAGCUAUGGUUUUGCGACGUCGGGCGAUUUUCAGUCAGAGCAGCAGCAGCAGCAUCAGCCGCAUCAGGUGGAUAUGAAAGAGCUAUUGGACUCGCUGUCCAACCCUGACAUGGAGUUCAAGGUGGAAGCGGGGAUUAAGCAGGAGCAAGGCUUUGGGGAUGCUUGUGGCCAGAGUUUUGGUGCUCCUGCGUUUAACUACUCUGUCAUGGACGCACCAUCAAACCUAAAACCAGGCGUGUUCCCAAACUUCCAGCCCAUCCCUGUUCCGGGGCAGUGCGAACCUCCGAGCUAUGCGACCUCCACCAUCGACUCGCUCCUGUACUCCACUUUGCUUCCCGCUGAGCCUUUGGCACCGAGCCGCGCACGUGCCCCGAAGCGCAAAAGCAACGCCUCUGCUUCAUCUUCUUCCACCUCCACCACCAAGGAGAAACCCUUCACGUGUCCCAUGGGCACCUGCGACCGGCGCUUCUCUCGCUCGGACGAGCUCAACCGGCACAUCCGUAUCCACACGGGCCACAAGCCGUUCCGGUGCCGCGUGUGCGCGCGGAGCUUCAGCCGCAGCGACCACCUCACUACGCACACCCGCACGCAUACCGGUGAGAAGCCGUUCGCGUGCGACGUGUGCGGCAAGAGGUUCGCCCGCAGCGACGAGCGCAAGCGGCAUGGCCGCGUCCACCUGAGGCACAAGGAGAAGACGCAGGAGCUCGGCACCUGGCCCUUCGCCCUCCCAGAGGCCAUCUGAAUCCUGAAAACAAAAAAAAAAAAUCAACCCGGUGCCAAGCUGCGCUUUGUAUUUGGUGUGCGCACGACCUUGGGGAAGAUCGACGGCUGAUUAGGAUCAUGAUCGGAGGCUCCACGUGCACUGUGCGCAUAUACGUUGUGCAUUUUAAUUUUCAGGUUUUAUUUUUUAUUUUUUGCCCUUUUUUUUUCAAAAACAAAUCCAAAUGGUUCCUGGAACCUCCACUUUUAAUGAGUUCUAAUGCACUGAAUCCUUAAAAGUGCCUCCAGGAACUCCAGGAAAGCUUCUUUUCAAAACUACAAGGGUUCCUAUAAGAACAAUCCUCCUGGAACCCUAAUUUGUAAAGUUGUUUGUUUGUUUGUUUGUUUGUUUGUUUCAGGUGAAAUGAGAUAUUUGUGAACCAGACUUGACCGUUCUCGCCUUCCAAAAUGGGACACUGUUACCGAAGGCCUCAAAUAUGAUGGAAAUAUGAGUGUAAGGUUCAUCUUAAUCUACUUCCUUGACUAAGCUCAUAAUAUUAAAUCAGAGACCACACAAAAAGACAGAUUUUUUUCUUGUUUUAUUUAUUUUAUGGGUUUUUUUGACCUGGAAGAAACAGGAUGGAGGACGUUUUCACGCAGCUGGACGAGAGUGCCAGGACACUUUUUUUUUCUGAAGGUGGAAAAAAAAAAGGGGAUCUUCCCUGUACACAAUGCCCUUCGCGAUGCUUGCUGUGUGUGCAGCGACCUUAUAAUCUUUCACCGUUUAACUUUUCGUGCUCCAGGUUGCUUGAAGAGCAGCCGAAACGCUUUCGGGCUGCAUUUCAGCACUUUGACUCCGGAACAGCUCCGACCUCGAGUUUUACUUCGUUUUAUUUCUUCCUCUUCCUUCCUCAUUUCUCUUUCUUUCCUUCCUUCUUCAAUUUCACUAUCCUGCGCUGGAUUGGAUUGCACUUCUCUCCAACUUUUGUGCUUUUUUUUUUUUUUUUUUUUGAUAUUGCAUGUUUUACUGUUCAUGUAAUAUGAUGAUUAAUAAGCUAAUAUAAUAAUCCAUGAUCCUCACUGCGCAAGUGAGACUUUACCUCGUUUCUACAUCAUUUCGGUGGUGGCUUUUUUCACCUUCCGGAUCUUGGACACACCACGACUUGUGGUUAAUUCGUGCCAAGGUGGGGGUGAGGGGGUGGGGGUGCGGGGGGCUUCAUUUCUUUUCCUUUUCCUUCGAAUUAAUGUCAGUGUUUCUUUUCAUUGCAAUGCUAUUUGAUUGAAUGGUAAAAAAUAAAAGUAAAAAAAAUCACAAAAACAUUUUAAAUGGUGUUGUUUUGUAAGGAAGUUCUACAGCUGUCAGUGCAAAAAUAAAUAUAUUUAUAUGGCUAUGUAUGAUUAUUUGUAUUUUUGUAUUUUUCUGUUUGUCUGGAUCUAUAUUUCAAGAUGAAAGUUUUAUUUCGAACCUGUUCGACUUGCAGUGGUUUCCUGUGCGUAGUAUAAUAAUAAUAAUUAUUAAUAAUAAUAAUAAUAAUAAUAAUAAUAAUAAUAAUAAUGGGAAAUAAUUACAAAAAAAACGCAGACCUCCAAACAUAACAAGUUCAAAACUCCUGAACAAGUGUAUAAGUUUACAAUGCAGAGACACAAAGCAUUUCUGUCCACUUAGAACCCACGUGACAUUGUUUUUUUUGACUCACCCCCUAGUUUUUGUUUGUACAUAAAUGGAUGAAUUCUGAAUUAUCUAGCUCACAUGGCUCUUGUAGUGUGUAAUGUGAUGAAGACUAGAAUAGCACCAGGCUGAACUUUGCUGUUGAGUAACUUAGGUAGCACACAUUGCUGCAUUUUCUUUCCUUUCUUUUUUUUUUCCUUUUUUCUUUUUAGUUCUUCGACCUGAAGGUAAAAGGUGUCUUAUCAAACAUGACUGUAUUGUGGUUUGUUUUAUUUACAAAAAAAAAAAAAGAACGAUAGAAGGAACAAGUGAAAGGAUGAGAUGUUUAUGGGAAACUUGCCUUAAAUUAUUUUUAACCUCUUCCUUUAGUGGGAGAAUAAAUUUGUAUAUAUUGAGACGGUUUAUACAAAGUACUUUGAAUGAACUUUGAUGUUUGUUAUUUUUAUGACUGAUGUUUAUGAAUAAAAAAAAAUAUUUCUAAACUA